AAAGUGUACAUGAAUUGAUCACAAAAAAUUUAUAUUUCAACUUGAAAUGUUUGUUUUUAUUAUUUUACUGUGUUAUCUAUACCUGCUGUGAGCAGUAUAUAAAUGGUAGAAAUUUAUAUUAAACACUAUAAGUGUAACUAAAUAAGUCUAAAGAAAAAUAAGGCAGAAGAUUCCAAUCAUGGCUAUAUCAAAUGAUGUAAUUCAUUAUUUGGAAAUUAUUCUUAUUCUUAUUACGUUGUGCACCUGCAGCAAUGCUUCUGAAUUAAAUGAGGAACAACUAUCCAGGGAUAAAGAAAUUGCACGUCUCACAGCUUCAGGAAUGGUUGAACCAGAAUUGUUUUACGACUUAAUGCACAAGGAAAAUUUUGAUAACAAUUGCUCAUUGUCAGAUAGAUUAAAGAAAAUGGAGAAUAUUACUCAUAAAGAUAUGUUUUCUCAUUUACGUAAUCGUGCUUUGUUCUAUGAGGAUAAAAUGCUAUUUGAACAUAUAUAUGAUUUAGUAGCUCAGACGUAUGAAUUUUAUAAUAUGUCAUCUGUAAUGAGUUUCGAAGAUGUCUAUUCCAUUGUAUAUUACAGUUACACUGAAGAUGGCUUUAAACAAAUAAGACAAGACACAAAUGAGGGUAGACAAAUAAGGAAUGCUUUAUACAGAUUAGCAAUAGUACAAUCCAAAGAUCCAAGUAAAUAUCAUAAUUCUAUAUUCUAUCGAGGAGAAAGCGAACUCAAUACGUGGUAUGAAACACAUUAUUAUAUAAAUAGAACGGAAAAAUGGACAAGAUUUACUGGAAUAACAGAAAUUGAAGAAUUAGCAGCUUUCGACGCUAGAGUGAGAAAAAAUGCAGCUAACAUGACUUCAACAGUUUAUGAAAUGCAUUUUCCAAAGCCAUUUUUGAAUGCAAAUAUUAGUCAAUUACUCAUCCAGUAUGUGAAUACACCUGUAUUUCUGGUUCUAGAUACGGAAUUUAUUACUAAUGAAAGGACCAGGUAUUGGACGUAUCCUAAUAUUGAUUUAAGAAUAAAAAUAACUCAUAAUGAUAAAAAUUUGAGUAUAUUUGAGCAACAGAAAGAAGUAAUGAUAAAAUUAAAAGAACUAAAAGAUUCUGGCACGCAAUUUUAUGUAAACUGUGAUUAAAAAUUUUACUAGUAAUUAAUGUCUUACUGGUUUUUUUGGCGGUAAAAUCAGAAUGAAGAGUUUUUCUUUCUUUUUUUUUAAAAAGGAUGUUUGAAAUAAAAAAAUUACAUUCAAAUCCUUUAUAUUUUUCAUUGUUUUGGUUUUGUUUUGAUUACACUUUAGUAUUUAAUUUAUAGAAACUUUAUGUUUAUCUAUAUCCACUUGGAAAGAUUCCCCGGAAAGUGCCCUCUGGAGGUUCUAUCAGAAUUCCGCCGGAACUUCCAACGUAAUUCCAUCGGAGUUCUAAAGAAUUUCCGAUGGGAUUCCGACGGAGUUCCGAUUAAUUUUUUUCGAAAAUUUUAGAGUCCUAAUUCCGUCAGAAUUCCGUCGGAAUCCCAUCGGAAAUUCUUUGAAACUCCGAUGGAAUUCCAACGGAUUUACGUUGGAAGUUUCGGCGGAAUUCUGAUAGAACCUCCAGGGGGCACUUUUCGGGGAAUCUUUCCAAGUGGGUAUAUAUAAAAAUCUAAUUUAUAAAAAUGUGUGCUCAUAAUAAAAAAAUAUUUUUCAUUUGUCAAAUUAAAUUUACACAGAAAAAAGCUGGUGUUAUUUUUGUUGCGAGUAAUUUUCUCCAAUGCUAACACCCAUAAGAUUUAACCCGCAGAUUUAGGGUAAAAUUUAUUGCGUGUUAUUUUAACACUAAUUCUGGUGUUAAAAUAACAUUUUGUUUUUCCUGUGUAAAAAAAAUAGUUAAACAACAAUAAAUUAUAUAAAUUUAAAUAAAACUUUUA